GUGUAGUCAGCGCUAGCACUGGGUUUCGGUGUGAAUGUGCAGCUGACAUAAGAUAGAGAUUCCCGGCCACGAAAAGGAUCCAGACGCCAUCUAGAGUUGGGACGUUGAUGUUUUUUUAAAUAUGCAAGUACUGUAAGGUACUAUUACCUGACUGUUUCUGAUCAGUUUCUAGUUACCGUUUGCAGUCCACACCUCCACGUAACCAGUUACGGAUUGAACAGUGUUGCCAAGUAACUGUUCGAAUUUCGAACAUUUAUUUUAAGGUCAACAAUUCUAAAAAAAAAAAAAAAAAAAAAAAAAGAAUUUUGGACCUGUUGCUUUUACGUGUUUUUGUUUGAUUAUUUUGCUUUUUUUAUUAUUUUUUUUAAAUAUAUACAUUACAACGUUUUGUAUCUUGACCGUUAAACAUUUGCUGAAAGUCUGCGUUUUGACUGCUUGCCUAAAGACAGACCCGUACACUGUGAAGCAGCAAAGGAAUCGAAAACUGUGUGUAAAAUAGCGCAAGGUGAUCCCAGCUGGAGAGAUCGGACUGUGUGAGUUAUUAUUAGUACAGUUUGUUAGACCAGUUUUGUAGGAAAGGAAUUUGGUACUUUAUACUCAUGAACAUACAGAGAUCAACCCCCAUUAACAUAACACGUUAUGGGAGACCAAGGCAUAAAAAUCACGACUUUGAGGAGUUAUCGUGUUUAAGGACUACGGAAUCGAUUCAGAGUUUCAGUCCGAAUUUAGGUUCCCCGAGUCCACCAGAAACUCCGAACUCGUCGCACUGCAUUUCAUGCAUUGGGAAAUACUUACUGCUGGAGACACUCGAGGGAGACCACGUUUUCAGGGCUGCUCACUUGCACAGCGGAGGAGAGUUCGUCUGCAAGGUAUUUGAUAUUGCUCGAUAUCAAGAAUCCUUAGCAGCCUAUUUUUGUUUAUCGGCACAUGAAAAUAUAAAUCAGAUUGCAGAGAUCCUCCUUGGUGAAGCGAGGGCUUACGUGUUCUUUGAGAAGAGCCAUGGGGAUAUGCAUUCAUUUGUCCGUACCUGCAAAAAGCUCAGAGAGGAUGAAGCUGCCAGACUGUUCCAUCAAAUAGUGUCAGCUGUUGCUCACUGCCAUGACAGUGGAGUUGUACUGAGAGACCUCAAGUUAAGGAAAUUUGUUUUUAAAAACGAGGACAGGGGUUUUGUUAAAUUAGAAAGUCUGGCAGAUGCAUACAUUUUGGAGGGAGAAGAUGACUCUCUGUCAGACAAACAUGGCUGUCCGGCCUACGUGAGUCCCGAGAUCCUGAACACAAGUGGCAGCUACUCUGGAAAGGCAGCAGAUGUGUGGAGCCUGGGUGUGAUGCUCUAUACUAUGUUAGUUGGACGUUACCCCUUCCAUGAUGUGGAGCCUAGUUCUCUGUUCAGCAAGAUCCGCCGGGGGCAGUUUAGCGUUCCCGAGACUCUCACCCCCAAGGCGAAAUGCCUUAUCCGCAGCAUUCUCCGCCGAGAGCCUGCUGAACGGCUCACGUCUCGGGAAAUCUUGGACCACCCCUGGUUUGCUUCAGAUAUCCAUGCCUCAAGUUCAGGAUGUGGUGCAAAUGAUAAGGAGGCUUCAGAUCAGUUGGUACCUGAUGUUAAUAUGGAAGAAGAGUUGGACAAGUUCUUCAGCUGAGCAGCACAUACACAAGUGAGCAAGUCUAUAAGACACAACGGCUCAAGACUUUUAUAACAUGAAGGAGUCCUUUUCCGACCCCAUUUAUUUGCAUCCUGGAUCAACCUAGCUCGGCAGCCAAACACAGUAUGAAAAUUUCUUCGUAAGCUUUGAGGAGCAACAGAACAUGUGACAUGUAGCAAUUUCUUUGGCAAAUGGUGCUAUCGGGUUAGAUUGAUGCUAGUGGGGAAACGACAAACACAAUAAAAAUAGAAAGGCAGCAUGGAGCAUAGCUUCUUAUCUCAUGGAGCCAUGGAAAAAAAACAGUUGGCUGUACAUGCAGCAUAGUACUCCAUUUUGUUUGUAAAGAUAUCUGGCAAGCUACAAAUAGUGUGUGUAUAUGUGUGUGUGUGUGUGUGUGUGUGUGUGUGUGUGUGAUAUAUAAAAC